GGAACCCGGAUCGAAUCCCGAGGUAAUCUACCCGCAGCUCACGAAUGACUUCUUCAUACCUCCCUAUCCUCUAUUCUUUUUCUUUUUCUUCGACGAAGGGACUGUCCUGCAUAAUCCAAACAAAAGCUUUGGUCUAUCGUAUUUGAUUCGAUUAUUCUCAAUAUGGGGUCAAUUGCGCCCGCAAUCUCAGAAGACACCCAGUCCGCAGAUCAGAUCGAUGCUUUCAUCCAGAACCAUCCGGUCGCAAUCUCUCUUCGGAAUGAUCCGAAGUAUACGGAGGUACGACCACACUUGAAAGUAGCAGAGCAAUUUCGUGCCCAGAAUUUCAUGACAGGCGCGCUUACGGGACCACGGAAAAUCGCCGUGCCGCCAUAUGUCUUCAGUAAGGAGAACGGGGAGAAGUUGGUGAUGUUUAUGCACCUUGGAGAAAACUUGUGUGACUAUCCACAAGUCAUCCAUAAUGGUUUGAUUGCGGCCCUUUUCGACGAGGGUUUGGCAAGGUGUUGCUUUGCAGCCCUGCCUCACAAAGUUGGGGUCACUGCCAAUCUCAAUAUUGAGCACCAUCAACCCUUGAUGGCUGAUUCAUACAUUGCCUUGUCUGCGGAGACGACGAAAUUGCAAGGUCGCAAGGCCUGGGGCUAUAGUCGGAUUGAGACUCUUCCGGUUGACGGUGAUGAGGCGAUUCUGAUCGCAGAGGCCAGGGCGCUCUUUAUCGAACCAAAGCAGAUCGAGGUACUGGGAGACUCGUAUAGAUCUUGAGCUUAAAGUACUAACCAUAUCCGCCAUGCUCGGCUUGUGGAUUUACGUGGGGCCUUUAUUGCUGACCUGUACACAUGUUGGUCUUUUUUUUUUUUUUUUUUUUUUUUUUCAGAGUAUGAUCAUGAUCCGAGGGCCCGUGAAAGCACAAUACGGGUAGUUAUGUAUAAAUUCUACAGUAUUGAUUCAUAUCCACAUGUGUGCAGGAUGAGAGGCAUCGGGGCGAGCGGGGGAUAUCGACGUCGACCCGAGUCUACACCCCCUAACAUUAGCACUCUUGAAAGGAA